AUGAGUGGACUCCAUAACUUGGAGGUAUUUAGAGUGAAUAGUAACUCUUUAAUCGGGAAUGUCCCUACAUCUCUGUUUACUAUUCCUUCCUUAAGACUGGUUUCUUUGAGUGAAAACCAAUUAGAGGGACCCUUAGAGUUUGGGAAUACAUCAUUAGCUUCUGAGUUACCAUACCUAGACCUUGCUUCUAACAACUUCAACGGACCAAUCUCAGAAUCUAUAUCUCGAUUUCUCAAACUCGAGUUUAUUGAUCUUAGCAAUAACAGUUUCACUGGGCCAAUCCCUGGAUCCAUGUCCAAAUUAGUCUCCCUUGAUGAUCUAAAUCUGUCUUACAAUAAGUUGGAAGGUCAAGUACCUAGUUUCUUGUGGAGGAUGUCUACCUUGAUGCUUUCUCAUAAUUCUUUCAGUAGUUUCGAGGAAUUAUCGCAAGCUGUCGUCAAUGGAAGUGACUCUGAUCAUGGUUCAAAUUCAUUCCAAGGACCAGUCCAAUUUGAUCUUGGUUCAAAUUCACUCCAUGGAUCAUUACCUCGAUGGAUCUGUAAGCGUACAUCAUUAGCCUUAUUGGAUCUGUCAAACAACCAUCUCACUGGUUCCAUUCCUUCAUGUUUGAUGAAUUGUACUGCUUCUCUUGGCUAUAUAAUUCUAAGAAACAACAACUUGAGUGGAUUCCUUCCAGACAUCUUUACCAAUGCCACCAAGUUACGAUCGCUAGACGUUAGCCGUAACCAGUUAUCGGGGAAGCUUCCAAAAUCUUUGAUCAACUGCGAGUCUAUGGAAUAUCUGAAUCUGAAAAGUCUGCGAGUCAUUGACCUAUCGAACAAUAGCUUCAAUGGAACACUGCCACAAGAUUAUUUUGUGAACUGGCGUGAAAUGGCAUCAGUGGGGGAAAAGGAUGGCUUUACAUCUAGUGACGGCAUAGACACAUUUAUGGAACACAUGGGAGGAGGAAUCUAUGAGGAUUCGAUGGAUAUGAUGUAUAAAGGUGUAGACACAGAGUUUCCACUGAUCUUACUUAUGUUCAAAGCCAUCGAUUUUUCUGGAAACAAAUUCACGGGACGGAUCCCUAAAUCAAUUGGCAUGUUGAAGGAAUUGCGUCAUGUCAACUUUUCAAGAAAUGCAUUUACAGGCAGUAUCCCUUCAUCUUUGGCAAAUAUAAAAAACCUAGAGGCACUAGAUCUCUCUCACAAUAAGCUUUCUGGUAAUAUUCCUCGUGAUCUUGCUAACCUCUCCUUCGUGUCAUACUUGGACUUCUCCCACAACCUUCUCCAAGGCCCUGUUCCAAGAAGCACUCAGUUUCAGAGGCAACAUUGUUCUUCAUUCGAGGACAAUCUUGGACUCUUUGGUCUCGAGGACAUCUGUGGACCGGUCCAUGCUACAUCGGGGGAUUCAGAUCAAUCCGAAGAAUUUUCAUCCGAAGAGGCAGAAGAAGCGUUGAGCUGGAAAGCUGCUGCAAUAGCCUUCGGACCAGGUGUAUUCUGUGGAUUGGUGAUCGGAUAUAUCUUCUUCACUUCACACAAACAAACACAUAUGGUUCAUGGAAAAGCUCGGUUGAACCAUCCCGGUGGCAUCAUAAGUGUUCGUUAA